AUGGAAAUUGAAGAAAGCUCCGAAUUCGAUAGAUAGAUUGCUUCCCUCCUCGAAAAGGAAAGAGAAGCUCGUCUCAAUAACAAGAGUGAAGAACUUGUCAACAUCGUUAAACAAAUCGUCAAAUUAGCUUGGGAAGUAAAAAAUUAUGACAAGCUCUUUGAACUCAUGACUACACUUUCUUAAAGAAGAGGUCAAAGCAAGAAAGCUUAAACUGAUAUGAUCCAAAUUGCUAUGGGAUAUAUAGAUUAGAUUUAAGACAUUCCCACUAGAAUUAGAUUAAUCGAAACUAUUAAAAACAUUUGUGAUAAAAAAAUUUACUUAGAAGUAGAAUAUGCUAGAUGUUGUCUAAAGCUCGUUAAAUACAAGGAAAGUGAUAACGAAAUUAAUGAAGCUGCUAAGAUUUUGCAAGAAGUUUAAGUUGAAACUUAUGGCUCUAUGGAUAAGAGAGAAAAGAUUGAAUUCAUCUUAUAUCAAAUGAAGAUCAUGCUUAAGAAGAAAGAUUACAUUCGUUUGAUGAUUAUUUCAAAGAAGUUAACACCUUAAGCCUUAAAUGAUAAAACAAUAGUUGAUUUGAAGAUUUAAUAUUACGCUUAUUUAGUUGAAUAUUACUAUCAUGAAAGCAUAUAUUUGCAAGUUUCUAACUGCUUCUAACAGAUUUUUGAUGCAGUGAAUGAUAAAAUAAACAAGGACAUUGAAUUGCCUACUGUUUUGGAUUUUAACUUUGAUGCUUCCUUCUAGACUACAUUUGAAAAUUUUGUUGCUUACCUUCUCAUCAAUAAGCACUGCCAUGAAUAGGUUUAAUUGUUACAGAAAUUAGUAAGCAGCAAGUAUAAACACAUUCUAGAAAGAUAUCCUGCUUUGAAGAAUGCAGUUGAAUCUUACUUAUUAGAUGAAUUAAUUUCUACAGACCCUGCAAGUUACAAUUUACAGAAUAUUUAAUGUUUUUCUAGACCUGAAAAGUCAGUUCAACACAUAACUGAUUUCAGAAAAUAAUUAAUUCAUCACAAUAUUCGUGUUAUUAAUAAGUACUACUCUUAAAUUUCUUUAUCCCGUCUUGCUGCAUUAUUGAAUAUUUCUUAAGAAGAAGCUGAAAAUGAGCUUUGUGAAAUGCAAAACGACUAGCUAGUAAAUUGCAAGAUUGAUCGUUUGGAAGGCGUAGUUAAUUUCAAGCUUAGACGCUCUGAGAACGAUAUUCUCAACGAAUGGGCUACCGAUGUUAACUAAAUCUUAUCAUUGAUUGAUCAUACUUCUAACUUAAUUAAGAGAGAAGAAGAAUAAUACAUCGAAGCUAAGUGA